AUGGCCCGAAGGGCGGUAGAGCAACAGACGCUUCUUCCGUUCUUCAGCAAACGUACAGUUUCCUCAAGGGUGUCUGCGCGGAUUUGGCUAACACUGCUUUUAGAUGAGAGCAUUGCUCCACCCAUUCAACCAGAACCUCUCCGACCCCAGCCCAGCCAGCACGGAGGCAACCAAGCUAUUAACACCCCGGAUGGGGGUCAAACCCCUGAACAUACAUCUGAGAGAAAUAUAUAUGGAAAUUCCCAAUCCGAUGGGGAUACCGCUGCCCAAGAUGUAUUCCAGCCCUUUGAGUUAAACCAUUUGGAUGACGUUGAGGAGGAAGCAGGCCAUCGGAGAAAACGAUGCAAGACAGCAGAGUAUGGAACUAUGACUAUGAAUCCGGUAGUUUUGAAUGCAGUUCCAGAAAUAGAGCCGCAAGUCACUUCCUUUGCAUCCUCUGUCCAUCCUGUGUCCGAGAUGCCAGUGACAUACUACGACGCAUCGAGCACACCCACUGGCUCAAAGUUAGACGAAAAAUCCCCGGUUGCAUCAGACAAAAAGUCACAACCCGAAAGGAGGCUGUUACAUCUGCGAUUAGACUCGAAAUUACUCAGCGCCUUCCCACUAGGUGAAAGCGUUGGAUACAAGCAACCUCGCCAAAGUACGAGAAGAAAGUCCUCGCGUCUCAACACAGUUGCCAAAUUCGUCAAUCGAGUUAAAAUUGCAAAGAUUGCAUAUAACCCCAGUGGGCCCUUCAAACAAAAUAUUGGACAACUUAUCGACGAUAUCAUGAACGGACGUACCACAUAUUCAGAGUUGAAACGGCGAACAACACAAUCAAAGACUGAACCUCGUACAAGACCAUCUUCUACAGGGCCACCUAAGCCUACUCACCCUUUCUUCCUAUCAAAGAGCCAACAGAAAACCUCCAAUCAGCCUCUUCAGCCUUCAAAUACCCCAUCCAAUGCUUUAGGCAACUCUACACUUCCACAAGCUUCAAUUCAACUACAAAACAAAAGUUCUACAUCGACCUCACGAAUUUUCCCUCCUCUCUCUUUUCCCUCUACUAGCCAGAAGCAGAAGGUCAGGGAACCUCUUAAUCCUAUCUGGCCACCUCGAGACAUGGUGCAUACCCGUGGUCCCAUUGAUCCUGUAUAUCCUUCAACUGGUAGAAGGCUGGAAAAGCGGAAAGCAAAGCAAUCGGCCGUUUCAGUCUCCGAUACCGAGAGUAUCCUCUCGACUAUCACCUUAUCCCUCGCAGGGUCAAACUCUACUGCUCCCAAACAACAACGAUCAAAAGCUCUACGGCGCCCAAAAAGACACGUUCUUAAAUGUAGCGAGUUCAAAAGAGCUGUUAUCGAAAAGCUAGCAGCGUGCAACUUUGGGCAGGGUGGACAGAGUCAGCUGGAUACUUUACCUCAAACAACACAUCCAGCCCUGGUAAAACUUGCAUCAUCCCUGAAUACUGCUACAAGCCCCUUUGACAGGGGUGAAUAUGACGAUACCACGUGGCCUCAGAAAUAUGCCCCCAAAACAGCUGCCGAAGUCCUUCUGCUAGGCCCUGAGACGUCCAUCCUGCGAAGUUGGCUCCAAAACCAUCAAGUCUCGGCAGUCGAUACAGGGUUAGGCACAAGCCCACGUCAAACGCCGGAGAAUAAGGCGGUCAGGAAAAGGAAACGGAAAAAGCCUAAAGACUUGGAUGGGUUCAUCGUUUCGAGUGAAGAUGAAGAUGGCGUCAUGAGUGAACUUCAGAAUUCGGAAGACGAAUUGGCGGGAUGUGUUACAGUCCCCGUGAAAAGGUCAAUCGUUCGAUCUAAUGAUUUGGGCACUACCUCGGCCAAACGGCCGAUGGCGAAUACUAUACUCCUUAGCGGGCCACCAGGGUGUGGGAAAACGGCGGCUGUAUACGCUGUAGCUGGAGAAUUGGGGUUUGAGGUAUUUGAAAUAAAUGCCGGUACACGGAGGGGUGCCCGGGACAUAGUCGAGAGAGUUGGUGAUAUGACCCAGAAUCACCUUGUUCAACUCUUGGCCAAGACAGAUGGUGAAUCAGAACAAGUUAGCUCAGAUGCUCUUGAUAAUGGGAAGGGCUCUAAACAAAGCACUAUGGCAAGCUUCUUUGCAAAGAAAAGUGUGCCGAAGUCCGUGGAUGCUGGUUCGAUGAAAAAGAUGCCCAAAACGGAGAGUAGCGAACUGUCAAAACCUCAAAUAAACCAGAAGCAGUCGUUGAUAUUGCUUGAAGAAGUUGAUGUCCUGUUUAAUGAAGAUAAACAAUUUUGGACUGGAGUGCUUGCGCUGAUCAGCCAAUCCAAAAGGCCGAUUGUCAUGACAUGUACGGAUGAAAGUCUUCUUCCACUAGAUAAUUUGGUCCUUCAUGCAGUCUUACGGUUUCAACCACCGCCCAAUGAUCUUGCAGUCGAUUAUAUACUACUGCUCUGCGCAAACGAGGGCCAUCUGCUAGACCGCAAAGCUGUAUCGGACUUAUAUAUUGCUUUAGGGAGAGACCUUCGAGCAACUAUCACGCGGCUAAGCUUUUGGUGCCAAAUGGGAGUAGGCAGCCGGAAAUCAGGACUAGACUGGAUGGUGGCUACGGAAGCAUUGGACCUACGGGAUUCUGGUGAAUUGUAUAGGACGAUAAGUUCUGACACCUACAUGGAGUGCAUGGGAUGGUAUAGCGCAGAUACUGUUGUGACCGAGCAAACUCACCUAGAGCUUCGACAACAGCUAUUAAACGAAGGCAAUAUAAUUUGCGACGAAGGAUAUCAUGGCAACAAGCGUUCACUUGAUCCAUCCAUGCCACCAAUACCCGAGAAGCAAAGGCUAGAUUAUAUUGAAGGAUAUCAGCUACUUCAAUCAGAUCCCCGGAUGGAGUUUAACCAGCUAUCCGCAAAGAUAGGUGCAGCGUUGAGCACACUUACUGAGACCGCCCUCUGUCCUGCUGAGGUAUGCAUAGGGGAACAGGACGAUGUACUGGAGCACGUCCUUGAAAGAGCAGCUCCCAAGGGACCGAAGCAGCUUCACAAAACAGUGUUUCAAGAUGCCUUCCAAGCCAUUAUUGACCCACCCGAUUAUUCUAUCCUGGCCUCCAGUAUCCGUCCGCUUUCGUUCGAGCACGGCACUUCAGUCAUUGCCGAGGACGUGGCGCCAUAUAUCCGACACAUUGUCUUGUUCGACAUGUACUUGGAGCAAUACCGGCUAAGGCUCAAUGGGCUUUUCCCGCAGAACGGGCCGUCAAGCAAGCGUGCGAGGACGACACGAGCAAGCAGGGCAGCUGUUGAGGGAGUUGGCAAGGCCGACAUCCGACGUGAGCGGUGGUUCCCCGGCCGAGUCAUCCCUGAACUGAUCAUGGCCACCGGCGGCAAAGGCUGGGAGAACAUCCUACAAUACCCUAUAACUAAUGAUCUAGCAGAGAUACAUGCUGUGUUCUCUCAGGCUGGACAGCCCCUAUGCCAUGCUCCGGCUGCCCCUUGUGAAAAUGGAGCGCAAACUGCUGCGAGUUUUGAACUGUAA